UCUGGUUCUUUUUUCUCCAUUUCUUUCCCACUAACGGUUUCUCGUCUGUUGGUCAGCACUGUGCGCCUUUUCAUGGGGGGUUCGGACACCGGGAGGAUGCGCUUUUUGGAGGAACAGACGCUCAAAGUUGUGCAUUCGGACGCCCCGGGCUCGUUUUAGAGGAUUCGUAGAUGCGUGUCUGGUUGGAAUGAACAAUGGUGAGGCUCCUUGGUGCUGAUGCCGGGGGCAUGCUCUGGUUUCGCUUACUGUUGCUGUGCGCGGUGGAGUUGGAGCUGGGAGCCGGGGUCCCCACUUUCCAGGGUUUCUAUCUUCCACCUGCAAACGGGUCGCUGCUCACACCUGCCCGGAGGACGGAUGGAGUCGUGCGGACCGUUGACCGGAUUUACCACGGAGGAGGGAAGGUGGGCUACCUAGUGUACCUGGACGGGAGCCGCUUUCAGUUGGACAUGGAGCGGGACGAGUCGGUGCUGUCGCAUCACUUCAGCCCCCAGUAUGUACACGCCAUGAUGGGGGAGAGCCAUGCGCCCUUGCAGCGGGAAUGCGCGUACCGCGGCACAGUGGACUCCAACGCGGAGUCCCUGGCCGUCUUUAACCUCUGCGGCGGGGGUCUGGAGGGCUUCUUCGCCGUGGACCACGCGCGCUACACCAUCACGCCUAUCGUCAGGGCGAAGGGACACGAGCAUGACAUGCGCGCCCUGCAGGACAAGGACGCGGAGAGCGCGCUCCACGUGUUCACGCGCGAGAGCUUCAGCUUCGAGGCCAUGCGCGAGGGGCGCGAGAGCUGCGGUACGCGCGACGGGCGCAGAGGACGCAGGGACGCGGCGGGGAGACGCCGGCACCGAGGGCGCGGGGAGGGGAGACGGGACAGACAGGCGCUCACUGAUGACCAUGAUGCGCACGGAAGGACACUGUGGAGCCGGUUCGCCAAGGCGGCAGUACCGGAGCCUGGCACACGGAGGAGAAGGUCGGUCUCCCGCGCCAGGCACGUGGAGCUGCUUCUGGUGGCCGACGACACCAUGCUGAAGAAAUACGGAAAGGACCUGAACCACUACCUGCUCACACUGGCCUCCAUCGCCUCCAAGCUGUACGGGCACGCCAGCAUCGAGAACCCCAUCCGGCUGUCGGUGGUGAAGGUGAUCACGGUGGGUGAGAAGGAGAAGGGGCUGGAGGUGACCAAGAACGCGGCGGCGACGCUCAAGAGCUUCUGCAAGUGGCAGAACCAGCAGAACCCGCUGGACGACGACCACCAGCAUCACCACGACGCCGCCAUCCUCUUCACCAGGCAGGACCUGUGCGGCCACCACUCCUGUGACACCCUGGGGAUGGCGGACGUGGGCACCGUCUGCACUCCGGAGAGAAGCUGCGCCGUCAUCGAGGACGACGGGCUUCACGCUGCAUUCACUGUCGCACACGAAAUAGGUCACCUGCUCGGCCUGUCCCACGACGACUCCAAGUUCUGCGAGGAGCGCUUCGGGGUGAACAGCGACAAGCGGCUCAUGUCCUCCAUCCUGACCUCCAUCGACGCCUCCAAGCCGUGGAGCCGCUGCACCUCGGCGACCAUCACCGACUUCUUCGAUGACGGCAACGCCGAGUGUCUCCUGGAUUCUCCUCGCCAGCCCCUCCUCGGCCCCGAGGAGCUCCCGGGGCAGAGCUACGACGCCGUCCGCCAGUGCCGCCUGGCCUUCGGCCCCGAGUACACGGUCUGCCCGGGCAUGGACGUGUGCUCCCGGCUGUGGUGCGCUGUGAUCCGCCAGGGGCAGAUGGUCUGUCUGACCAAGAAGCUGCCGGCCGUGGAGGGGACGCCCUGCGGGAAGGGACGCAUCUGCCUGCAGGGGAAGUGUAUGGACAAGACCCGCAAGAGACUCUACUCGGUGUCCAACCAUGGCAGCUGGAGUUCCUGGGGUUCUUGGGGUGCGUGCUCCAGAACGUGCGGCGGGGGGGUGCAGUUCGCCCAGCGUCUGUGCAACAACCCGCCGCCGCGGAACCACGGCCGCUACUGCACCGGGAAGAGGGCCAUCCAUCGGUCCUGCAGCGUCACGCCGUGUCCCGCAUCCAGUAAGAGUUUCCGUCAGGAGCAGUGCGAGGUGCGCAACGGCCCCCAGACCGAUCCUAAAGGGGUGAAGACCUUCGUCGAGUGGGUCCCCAAAUACGCCGGAGUCCUCCCCAAAGACGUCUGCAAGCUGACCUGCAGAGCCAAGGGAACGGGAUACUACGUGGUGUUUGCUCAGAGGGUGGUCGAGGGGACAGAGUGUCGGCCGUACAGCAGCUCGGUGUGCGUGAAGGGGAAGUGUGUGCGGACGGGCUGCGACGGCAUCAUCGGCUCCAGGCUGCAGUUCGACAAGUGCGGUAUAUGUGGGGGGGACAGCACUGGGUGUCUGCGUGUGAUGGGCAACUUCACCAAGAAGAGUAAGGGCUACACCGAUGUGGUGAAGAUCCCCGCGGGCUCCACCCACGUGAAGGUUCGACAACACAAGGCCAAGGACCAGACCCGCUACACCGCCUACCUGGCGCUCCGGCGGCCCAGCGGCGAGUACCUCCUGAACGGCAAGUUCAUGAUCUCCACCUCCGAGACGAUCAUCCCGCUCAUCGGCUCGGUGCUCAACUACAGCGGGUGGAGCCAAAGGGACGAGUGGCUUCACAGCAUGGGCCCCGGGGCUCUCCAGGAAGCCUUGGUGGUGCAGAUUCUGGCCACGGACGCCAAAAAGCCCCUGGAUGUUCGUUACAGCUUCUUCAUGCCGCGCCGGACGGCCCCGCAGCCGCUCAUCCCCGUCCCGAAGGCAACCGCCUCGCAGAGCACCACGACAAUCACCACCACGACAAGAACCACCACCAGCACCACACCCUCUGUCCUGGUCCCGGGGCCAACGACAGCUCCGGGUCCCUCAACCCCAGCCCCGGGGCCCCAGUGGGUAACAGGCCCCUGGAUGACCUGCUCCAGGACGUGUGACACUGGCUGGCAGAGUCGGACAGUGCAGUGCAAGGACCAGGAUGGGAAACUGUCCAAAGGAUGCAUUCUGGGAGCUCGGCCCUCUGCCUUCAAACACUGUCUGGCGAGGAAAUGUUGAGGAGGCGGAAAAAAAGAUUUACACAAGAUGAGAAAAAGACGUUUUAACUUCUGAUGAAGGUCUCAAGUGCUGGAUGUAGGACCAAUGAAUGGACCAAUUAAUUUGAACCUUAAACUGGACUGUGAAUGUUGAGGCUUGGACCCGUCCGACAGACACUCAGAGACACGGUGGCAUGGAUGUACCCGACUAUAUGCCAAAGGGAUGCCCUGGAGCUCUAGUGGUUUCCCCAUUACAGAGACAGGUGUUGCCCUGGCAUAGUUAAGAACUUGAGUUGCAUGUCAUUGCCACACGGACAACAGCUGAUUGUCUUUACCUCCGAUCCCCUGGAGGCUCAGUGUGUGUUGCCCUGUAACAGCAUGCAUGUUGUGCGUGUCUUUUUGUAAUGCUAUUCCAUGUGUUCUCAUCACUGUGGGUAUGUGAGCGUCGAACCCCUUUGUCUUAUGUCGUCUGAGACCAGAGUCCUGCAGGUUGGAGACCCUGCCCUGUCUCACGACUGCUAUUCUACAUAUUAAGGGCGUUAAGUGAUGAAAGGUUUGUUUACGGGAAGAAUAUUGAAAAUGUGGAAUCACCGGGUGGGAAACAAUCUUUAUUGCAACUUAAGUUAAGGGACAAAAACACCAAAAGGGUCCACCUAUGGCCACGAAGUGGAUGAGCAUGAUGACAACAGGGAUCUCCUUCGCUUCUUCCUGUAAAUAUUUCUAAGAGCUACUCUGAGACUGAAGGUCAGGGUAACAGUAAAGUUUGGUUAACGGAUGUUGCAUUGCAUCCUGGGAGUUUAAUCGGCCGUGCCAAGAAACUACAGCUUAGUGUGACGGGAUGGGGGGGGGGGGCUCAACGACAGUGAAAUCAACGGAGGGGCAACGUAACCAUGACACUCCCUAACAUUUAAGGAGGCUGAUGAUGAAUCAGAUUUGGGGCAAUGCUUGAUUUGUGUCUGCGUGUGUGUGUGUGUGUGCGUGUGUGCGUGUGUGCGUGUGUGCGAAUGUCUGUGUGUGUGUGCGUGUGUGCAAAUGUCUGUGCGUGUGUGCGAAUGUAUGUGUGUGCGUGUGUGAGCUUCUUCACUCUCAGCUCCACUUGUAUCGGUUAUUCUGUUGGUGCUGGGAGGUUUAAGGUCCCCAUGUGUUUUUGUUUGUUGUUGUUCUUUUGUGUGGCGGUCAAUAUGUGUUAGAUUGUCUGUUUAUCUGUUUAUGAAACUAUGCUAGUAUGACAACGUGUGCCCUGGAAACUCGUAACGACAGCAGGAGACACACACGAAGGCGGGCGUCACUGUCCUCCUGCAGCUCCACUCAUUCUCCGUUUCCUUUUCAUCGUUCAUUCUCAAUUUUACUCAACAUCCUGUAUGUGCUCAUCAUCCCUUUAACUCGUCUUCAACCCUGGUGGGUGGAGUUUGCCAUAAUGCAACAAUUCAUAUUGUGCCACUCUGGGCAGUAAUAUAAUCAUGGAUGAACUUAAAUAACACAAAUGUACUGUUUGAAACAAUAUAAUAGAAGAGCAUUGAAAUUUGCAUUAAACGUAGAGUAAAAAGUACUUCAAAUGAAUACUAUGAGUACUUCAAUGUCCUCAGUUCUCAGCUUUACAAGUAAAUGUUGCUUGUAUACCUUAUGGACUUAAAAGAAACCCGUAGUUCAGAUUGUGUUAAAUCUCCUGGCACCAGUCGUGUUUCCCAGUUUGGCAAACUUCCCCCAUCAGCCUCCUGUGUAGCAGACACCAACAAACCACUCGUACAAUCCGCUCUCCUCCUGCCUCACACAUCCACAUUUAUUUACACAAUGUAGACUUUUUUUUAACGUGACUAGAUCUUUCAUAUAUGUGUUAGUUAUCAACCAUAUUUACACAGUUUCACACGUACAGACACACACAUUGAAACAAUCCAUCAGGUACAACCAUUGUGGGUUUUUUUCAAACCCACACACACACACACAUUCACACAACCUCCUUUGACUCUUCCAGGGGGGGAAACCCCUCGCUGAACGACAGAAACACAGCACUGAACUUGUAAUUUAUUGUUUGUACAACUGGUAUGUGUGAAUAAAAACAGAACAAUGA